AUGCGCCGGCGGCCGGUGCCGCCGCCACCCCGGCCGUCGCGGGACUCGAUUACCGCGGGUCCGAGCGCCACGGACAGAUGCCUCCACGCGCCGUCGUACUACACCAAGCUACUGGCCUCUGCGAACGGCCGCACUCUCCAGCAGAACGACGACCUGGUGCGCUGGCUACUCGAGACGCACCCGGUGGUGCACGCGACACUGACCUCGUGGGCCGUGCGGGGCAGCGUCGACAUGACCGCCCUUGUCGCGAUGACGACGAUGCAGACGCACGCGGCGGGCGCGGCGAUCGUGGCGCAGGAUGUGACGCCGGCGGGGAGUCUCUUUGUCGUCGCGACGGGCUCGUGUACCGAGUACGUGCGGCCGCACCGGUUUGGCCACAGCCGACGCAAGAGGCAGAUGCCGGCGCGGUCCUGGCGCACGCUCACGCCCGGCCAGAGCUUUGGCCUCGACGCGCUCUACUACCAAUUCGAGUUCCACUACGUCACGGUCGCAUCCAAUGGCCACAUUGAGCGCAGCGCCAUCGGGCUCCCGACCAACACGCCCGCGCUCAUCUUUGCGCUGACGCCGGCGACGCCAACGGACGUGGCGCUGAUUGCGUCGCUGGUUCCGACGUCGCCGCCGUUCCCGUACGACGCGCACGUGCUCCGGUGCCUCCAAGCCACGUUCCUCUUUGCGGGCUUGGCGACACCCGCGCUCGAGUUUGUCGCUGGACACGUACCGCCGCUCCUGGCCGUGCCCCGGGGCGAGUACCUCUUCACGGCCGGGCAGCCCACCGGCAUCUACCUCGUCGCAAGCGGCGAGCUCCGCGUGUAUACGAUCGACAACGUCGUCCUCGUCCAAUCCGAGGACCGCCACGUGGCAACGCGCCGCGUCGAGCUGCAGAUCCUCCGGCCCAUGGACGUCGCAGGGCUUUCCGAGAGCUGCACGGGAGACGACGCGACGUUCACGACGUACGGUGUCGCGUCCGUCCUCUCGCAUGUCUACGUACUGCCGACGAACGCGCUCUUUUCCGUCUUGACGCCGUCGACACGGGCGUUCCAGAGCGUGUGCGCCUACUUUCGCGUCCAGCGCGACUGGUUCAAGCUGCGGCGGUUCACGGCCUUGAACCGCUUCAACGCCGAGGUCGAGCACAAGCUUACGCCGGGCAUGCAGCGCAAGAGCUUACUCCCGUGCGGUCGGUGCGGCGAACCAGGCCACCUCUCGGACGCACUAGUCUGCAAGCACCACGUCGACGUGACCAUGGACGGGCCGACGCAGCUCGAGGUGCUGCGUGCACGCGACGUGGCGCGGACAGCGCGACUGGCGGCGAUCGCAGUCGACGCGCGGCCGCCGUCGCUGGUCGCCUUGUCGUCGAACGGCUCGUCCCGCCUCGAUCGCGUCUUGGCGCGGCUGGACGCGGCCCUCGGCGCAGUCCAUCGACCGUUUUAA